ACUUUGGUCUUGUCUGGAGAGUGAGAGCGAGUGCUCUUGGGAGAAACUUGGGCCAGCGGCGGUCGACUACUCAGGCCUCAGAAAGAUGGCGUCCUCGGAGCAGGCAGAGCAGCCGAACCAGCCAAGCAGUUCUCCAGGAAGUGAAAAUGUGGUGCCUCGAGAGCCGCUGAUUGCCACAGCAGUGAAGUUCCUACAGAAUUCUCGGGUCCGGCAGAGCCCACUUGCGACCAGGAGAGCAUUUCUUAAGAAGAAAGGGCUGACAGAUGAAGAGAUUGACCUGGCUUUCCAGCAGUCAGGCACUGCUACCGAUGAGCCUUCACCCUUGGGCCCAGCUGCCCCAGUGGCUCCUGUCCAGCCCCCUCACCUCAUUUCACAGCCAUACAGCUCCGGAGGUUCCCGAUGGCGAGAUUACGGUGCCUUGGCCAUCAUCAUGGCAGGAAUUGCAUUUGGCUUUCACCAGCUCUACAAGAAGUACCUGCUGCCCCUCAUCCUGGGAGGACGGGAGGACAGGAAACAGCUGGAGAGGAUGGCGGCAAGUCUCUCCGAGCUGAGUGGCAGCGUGGCCCAGACAGUGACUCAGGUACAGACAACACUGGCCUCUGUCCAAGAGCUACUGAGACAGCAACAGCAGAAGGUCCAGGAGCUGGCCCAUGAGCUGGCCACUGCCAAGGCCACCACAUCAACCAACUGGAUCCUGGAGUCCCAGAAUAUUAAUGAGCUCAAGUCGGAAAUCAACUCCCUGAAAGGGCUUCUUUUGAAUCGGAGGCAGUUCCCUCCCUCUCCAUCAGCCCCGAAGAUCCCCUCCUGGCAGAUCCCAGUGAAGUCUCCAUCACCCUCAAGCCCUGCAGCCGUGAACCACCACAGCAGCAGCGACAUCUCGCCUGUCAGCAAUGAAUCCACAUCCUCCUCUCCUGGGAAGGAGAGCCACAGCCCUGAGGGCUCCACAGCAACGUACCACCUGCUGGGUCCCCAGGAGGAGGGUGAGGGGGUGCUGGAUGUCAAGGGCCAGGUGAGGAUGGAGGUCCAGGGUGAGGAGGAGAAGAGGGAGGACAAGGAGGAUGAAGAGGAUGAGGAGGAUGAUCUGAGCCAUGUGGAUGAGGAGGAUGUCCUUGGGGGACAGAGGGAGGACAGACGGGGCGGCGGGGACGGGCAGAUCAAUGAGCAGGUGGAGAAGCUCCGGCGGCCAGAGGGCGCCAGCAAUGAAAGUGAGAGAGAUUAG